AUUAAAAAAUUAAAGUGUCAGAUUUUGGACGUCAACUGGAGGUUUUCAUUUUCCAUGGAUUUUUUCUAAAAAAAAACGGAAUAACAGCGUGUUAGUCGCAUAAAUAAUUUCGAUAAUGUUCUGAACACAUACAACUGUUAUUAUGUGAAGCAAAGUGAGAGUAUCACUCAUACAUUUUGGACGAUGGAUAGUGGAGACAGGAUUUUGGUGGCCGCGGGGCUCACCGCCGCUGUAGUUGUCGGGGCCUUCGUUCUGUGGGGUCCCGGUGGGGCUCCGAAGGUGCGCAAGAGACGCGGACAGAUUGCUGGCCUGCAGAACCUGGGAAGGACUUGCUUCCUCAACACACUGCUACAGGCACUCGCCGCCUGUCCCACUUUCAUCGAAUGGCUCAAAAAGUAUGCAAAGGCUGAUGGCCACAACAGUAUGAUCACUACAUUGUAUACAGUCAUUGAAGUUGUAAAUGGCACACAUGAGUCUGCCCGAGGCACCCCGGUGUGUCCGCUGGGAGUCCUGCAGGCGCUGCGUGCUGCCGGGUGGGUGGUGCCCGCAGACCAGCAGGAUGCACAUGAACUGUUGCAUGUGUUAUUGUCCUGUAUCGAGGAGGAGACCACUAGCAUGUCUAAAAAGCCGGGCUGCUUGUCGGACGCGCUGGGUCUAGGCGGGAGUCGAGCGUGGUCAGCGCUGGCGUCGCCCGCCUCACCCCCCGCGGCCCCGCACCCGCUGCGCGCUGACUCCACGCCCCCCACCCCAUCCGCGCUCUCCAUAAGGCCUGCGUCGGCAGCACCUGCUGACGAGCCAGACCUUAUUGAGCCAGAGCCAAUGAUGGAGCCCCCUCGUCUGACCAAGGGUGUGUCUCGUUCGCUGUGCCACCUGAGCUCGGUGGGGCGGCGCUGGGUGACGCCGGCGGUGGCUCGGCCUCCCCCCGCGCCCCCUUUCCGCGGUACCCUCGCCUCACGGUUGCAGUGCACUGUCUGCUCACACAAGAGUCCGAUCCGAUACGAUAAGUUUGACAGUAUCUCACUGUCCAUGGCCAACGCGAGUAUUGGUGUCAACGGCGCCUACAGCCUCGCCGGUUUGCUCCGCGCGUUCACUGCGCCGGAGAUGGUGAAGGGCGUGCGGUGCAGCAAGUGUUGCCCCGACCCCGCCAACCCCGCCGACCCCGCCCAGCCCGCCCCCGCCGGGGCAUACACCAAGCACAUACGGACUGUCAGCUUCGGGAAGCUGCCUUACUGCCUGUGCCUGCACAUCGGGCGCGUGGAGUGGCUGGGCGGGGCGCUGAACAAGCGCGGGGAGUUCGUCGCCUUCCCCGAGACACUCAACAUGGCGCCCUACUCCGCCGUGCAGCAGCCCAAGCAAGUGGACCUGCUGUCCCUGGUGGGCGAGGGCCGGCUGCGCGCGGGGCUGUCGGUGCUGGCGGCGGAGGGCGGCGGCGGCGAGGCGGCCGCGCUGUACCGGCUCAGCGCCGCCGUGCUGCACGUGGGGGGGCCGCGCUCCGGGCACUUCGCCACCUACCGACGCGGGAACGGGUUCGAGGCCAAGAGAUGGUGGUACACAUCGGACACUCUGGUACACGAGGUGUCCCUGCAGGAGGUGCUGCGGUGCUCGGCCUACAUGUUGUUCUACGAGCGCGUGCGGGAGCCCGCCAUGACUGCCUCGGCCAACUCCCACCACUUCUAGGCCACGCACGCGAGCCCGGACCCCAGGGUAUCAGGAAUAUCGAAGUUUUCACCGGGCCCGGCCACUACCAGACCUUCUAAUCUGGAUAUGUAUAUCCUGAAGUUGGACGAUGCAGUCGCAGAGUCCAGCACAUGAUGCUUAGAUCCUCAUUUUCGAGAUAUUAUAGCUUCCGCCUUCACUGCAACUACACCGCACCUUCGUUACGUAGUGGUAUCUACUGUGUGUAGUUUAAACAUAUUUCCAAAACUACGCGGCAACUGGUCUGUAGUAACGGUAGGCAGUAAAGAUUUUAAAAAUCACAUUGUUAUCAUCUAUUUGCUCUGAGCUCGCAGCACGCGCAAGGAAGCUGUCACGGAAAUGAGAUCUUUGUCGUCAUUUCAACAUUAAAAUAAAACUUUAUUAAAAAGUUAAACUUUGAAAAUUUUGGCUGUGCCCUAAUCAAUUUUACGGAAUUCACUCGUAAUUUAACGUAACUUUAACCACAUAAAGCUCACAUUUGAUUGAAAUCAGUAUUAGUUAUAAGUCUGUUUUUCGAAUUCAAAUGUAACAUUGUACCUGUGUGGGCAGGUACAGUGGCGAGAAUAUCAUGAACUAUGUUCCUCUGCCAAUUGGAAUAUAUUGGAGUUGUCCAAAGAAAAUGUGUAUUUACAGUAAAUUAUAAUAAAUCAACACUUCAAGCUUUUGUGUGAAGAUCUCAUAUUGUCAUAUCCAAGUAUACAUUUAUAAACAUUAUUACUAUCUUGUAACUCUCCCGUAACCCACGAGUCGUGUACUCCAUUAACCCAUACAAUUGUUUCUCGUACAUUAUGUACUUAGUCUCGCACAACGACGCUACAUAUCUAAACCCUUGAUGUAAUUAUGUGACGGUAAUGACUUUGGGACAUUAGUGGUAUAUAAACUAUGUAUUUAUCAAUCAGUAAUAUAAUCAUGGAACACUAUUCUUAGUGCAUUAAGAAAAUAGCUAUAAAACUUGUCACUUUUCAUGUAUUUUAUAAUGUACAACUUCCUCGAAUAUUAAACCUAAAUAAAUAAAUAUGUAUCAGUUGUACUAUGCAACUAUUAAAGAUAGGGCAGUCUGUCCCAAGUCCAAGUCAACAUUGUCGACUGUAGACCGCAGGGUGCUGGGAUAACAACAAAUACUUUCUUCUCGAGAUUGCUUUUGGUGGAAAACAAGUACGAUGGUAUUUGCUGUAUUCAAAAUUCCCGUCCUCAAUAUACAAAGCUGCAAAUAAAAUUGUAGUCGUUUAAAUAAUCAGUAUGUCAUUGAUAGAAAUGUUCUUACUUCCUAUGUACCGCCCAGCACGCUGCAGUCUCUUGAAACCUUUUAUCUUUACGCAGAGUCUAUUUUUCCACUCGCACCGCCACUUGUUUUCGGCGGGAAUUUAACGUUUUUGUACAAAUCUACACGAGUUAGAGCUACAUCGGUAAAUAGCACUUUCUUCCUAUAAUAUCGUAGGCGUUGCGUAGGAGCUUGCGUAUAGAGCCUGCGUCAGUAGGUAAUACUGAAAUGUACCUACUUGUGAAAUGACUGGCUACAGCCACGACGACGUUUAGUCCACCUUUGUAUAGAUAUUCUGUGAAACUUUGCUCCUGAGGAAGGAUAAUGGAACGGUGUACUGCUACUAAUUGAAAGCUAUUCUAUUUAAAUAUGUACUAGGUCAUAGUCCAUACAAUAAAGUAAAUUCUCUAGAAACUACAAAACUAACUAACUUGUGAUCUUGUUGUGAUGUUUCAACACUUGCGUGCCAUCGUUUGAGUGAUAUUACUAGCUCUCGCUUCUCACUGAGUAUUUAUAAUGGUAACAUACAUAUAUCGGGUUAUUUUUCUAUUCGUCUCUGUCAAAUUGAACUCGAACUUGCCAAGACAAACUGUUUUAAUAGUAAUUGUAUCGAUGUUACAUGGCCGGUAAACUACUCCUCCGAUAAUUUCGUCUCGACUUAUCAUGACUUUACAUAAUUCUAUCGUUUAUUUAAUCGCCCGCGAUUACAGAUAACACUCCGAAAUAAGAAUGACUAGAUAACGAACCUCAUCUUCACUUUAUUGCAACAUAUUAAGUAAAACUAUUGUAAAGCUUUCCUUUUCCCUUUUUAUUCAGAGUUGUGUUGACUCGUAUUGAUAUGCGGCUUGAUGAAAGUUUGAUGGCUGUUAAUCCAAACUCUUUUACUAUUUGACUGCUUAGUUGUGUGAAGUAACAUAAUAUAACUGUCUUGUAAUUUUGUCGUCCAAUCUUUGAUGUAACUUAGUAUUAGAUGAAGUGAUCUUUCUUACUGAGCAUUUUUCUCACUACGCGGUAGGUCCCAAACAAUACUCGCGCUGAGAUCCAUGACGUACCGCAAACUGAUCAUGUACUUACUGAUGCAUUUAUUUUUUACUCUAAACGACUUGUCCACUCGUGUCCUUCCUGUAUAUACUUAUAAUGUUAUUGUAAUGAUUCUCUUUAAAAUCUAAUUUUCUAAUUACUUAUAACACUCGUUUUGUAAAUUAACAUUUUUGGAGGCUAAAGUCCACUUGUGGCGAUUUUUGAGUAGUGGUGAGAAAGUGGAGGGAACAUUGGUGCCUAAACUGUGGCCAUAUGUGACAAUGACUGAGCAGCGUUGCCAUUUGUACCGUUAUCGCAUAAAACUAGCUUUAGACGUUAUUUAUUUAUGUUUUGACGAAUGUAGGCUCGAUGCGGUUCUUUGGUGCAGUAAUACUUGGUGGUCGAUAUUAGUUGCCAUAUUUUAAAGAUUUAUUGUACUUUAGAACACGCUUUUAAUUUAUGGACGUCGUGCUACGCGCUACACAAAUUCAUGUUUUAUGCAACGUGAUAAAAAUUGUAAAUAUUAUAAAAAUUAUAUUUGUGUAUAUUUUACAAAUACUUCAACAGCAGACAAAGCUUUGUGUUGAUGUAAAAUAUUUGAAAGUGAAUUUAUGAUUGUUGUUGAAAUUAGUUGCAAUGUGCGCUUUAGUACUAGGAACUGUUUUGAGCCCACUCGGUAUGAGUCAUACUUUAUAAUAUUUCAGUUUAGUGUAAGAUGUUGUGCAAUCAUAAUACAAUAUUUCGCAACAAUAUUUACUUGCAUGGAUUGUCUUCAUUUAGUUACAAUGUUAAGAAAAUGAAUCAGGUUAUUCACAGGUUUUUCAACAUCUGAAGACAUCCAUGUAGUAAUUAGAAAGUUGUCCAAGAACUUCUUUUAAUCAAAGUCCUGCUACUCGAAGCAGUGUAUUCCGACCAAUGUUGCACAAUGUAAUAUUGCACAACAUAUAAAAUAAAAGUAUGGAGACUCUAACCUGAGUGAAUCAGUUCAUUGAAAUUUAUUGUUUGAGCUUCAGGGCUUUGACUAUAUAGUGUACUGGGAAAUAUAUGUCAUUCUGUGAGAAAUGAAUAAAUGUUUAAUAAAUAGCACUAUAGUGAUAUUUUCUUAUAUUUCCCGAGUACACUACACUUGUUUAGUCAGAAUUGUUAGAGAAUUAUGUAAACUUAUGUUGAAGUUUAACUUUAGGAUAUUGCUUGGCAUAAUAUUUUGUUACGGUUUAGUUAGUGUUGGCAACCAUUGAACUUCCAGAGACAUGUGGCAACUGUAGAUAGAAUGGAUUGUAUCUAACAAAAUGUUUAUAAAUAAAAUGUAUUAUAAGUGGC